AGAACCGGGGAAGGGAGGGAGGGAAUGAGGGAGGGGAAUCGAAUCAGAAGAAGAAAUAAACGACUGAGGGAGAGUUGAGGAACGGAGGGGCCGAAGGUGGAUGCACGAGAGGUAGCGAAAGACUGCGGAGCCGAGAGAGGACGAGAGAGGUAGCGGAAAACUGCUGAGGUUUAGAGAAGAGUAAAGACAAGAAGCAUCAAAAGUCCCAUAGCCGGUACCCCACCAGAUUCAGGGAUGUAGCCGAAGAGGGGAGAGCUCAGCCUUUCCGAGCUCAUCACUAUGAAGAAACAUUCGGCCAGGGUUGCCCCGCUGUCCGCUUGCAACAGCCCGGUGCUCACCUUAACGAAAGUCAAAGGAGAAGAGCGUCCCAGAGAGAAUGUGGUGGGCAGCACAGCGGACGGCCAGGCGGCAAACGGCGGGGCGCCGGGGGCGGAGCCUGCUACGGGGAGGUGGAGACUUCGUUGCUGCAUCAAAGUCACGGCCGUACAGGUGCGGAAGGCGCUGUGGGGCAUUGCCAUGGUGAUGUGUGUGUGCUCAUCGUGGGCGGGGUCCACCCAGCUGGCCAAGCUCACCUUUAAGCAGUUUGACGCUCCAUUCACCCUCACCUGGUUCGCCACCACCUGGAACUGCCUGUUCUUCCCCCUCUACUACAUCGGACACCUGUGUAAGAGCCCUGAGAGACAGACCCCCAGACAGAGGUUCAGGGAGUGUUGUCGGUUCUUUGGGGACGACGGGCUGACAGCCAAGGUGUUCUUCACUAAGGUGGCUCCGUUUGGAUUGCUGUGGAUCCUCACCAACUACCUGUACCUACAGGCCCUGAGGAAGAUCAACACUACAGACGUGUCAGCUCUGUUCUGCUGCAACAAGGCCUUCGUAUUCCUGCUCUCUUGGAUCGUACUGAGAGACCGCUUCAUGGGGGUCAGGAUCGUGGCGGCCAUCUUUGCCAUCGCUGGCAUCGUGAUGAUGACGUACGCUGACGGCUUCCACAGCCACUCUGUCAUGGGGAUCACCUUCGUUGUGGCCUCCGCUUCUAUGUCUGCACUCUACAAGGUGCUCUUUAAAAUGGUCCUGGGCAGUGCUAAGUUUGGGGAGGCAGCGCUCUUUCUGACGAUCGUCGGCGGGGCUAAUUUUGUGUUCAUCAGCUUUGUGCCAGUCAUCCUGUACUUCACCCAUGUGGAAUACUUUGGUUCUCUUGAGGACAUCCCCUGGUUAUACCUCUGUGGGGUAGCAGGCCUGCUCUUUGCUUUCAAUAUCCUGGUGAACUUUGGCAUUGCCAUCACGUACCCCACAUUAAUCUCUCUGGGCAUUGUCCUGAGUGUCCCUGUCAAUGCCAUGGUUGACCUGUACACAUGUGAGAUCCACUUCAACGCAGUGCGUCUGAUCGCCGUGUUGAUCAUCUGCCUGGGCUUCCUGAUGUUGCUGCUUCCAGAGGACUGGGACCAGUGCUUCAUCCAGCUCCAUGCUAAGCUGCAGAGUAAACGGGAGGAACCAGCCGAGGAGGAGGCAGGGCCCGGCUCCAGCCUCAACUGGAGCAGGAGAGCAAGGCCCUCCAUGUCUACCUUUACACACUGACCACCGUUUAAUGUGGAGGGACGGACGGACACACUGAAACAGACAGGCAGAGGCAAACACGCACACGAAUGGAUGAAUGGACAGAUGGACAGAUACAGACACGCAUACAGUGUACAGACACACAUACCGAUACACACACACACACACACCUUGGACACUUGAUUGCCAUGAUGACCUGCAUGGUCGACCUCUGCCCUCCGCCCUCUCUCUUUCCCCUUCCCUCUCACUAGUUUCUGCCUGGAAACCUUUCUGUUGGUCUGUCAGUCCAUCUGGGUCUGUUCAAGACCUUUUCAUUUCACUGCAAAAAGCACUGAUAUCAAUGUUUGUUCAUUUCACAAUCAACAAAGAAUUAUUUCCUACUUGACCUCCACCAUUUUAGAAGUCAUCAGAGUUGGUGCAUGGGCUCACGUCAUUUAGCAAUACCUCAAAGUCAUUCCAUUGGACUGAUACAUGUAUUUACAUCAUGCCUGGGAAGACUUGCGAACUUGCCUUUGCUUUUCAAAAGACAAGGAUAGAUUGACAGACUAAUAAUAGUUACAUGUUUUUGUCAGACUGAUGAUGGACUUUCUGGCUUUAACAUCAUGUUCCCAUCCCAACCUCCAAGAUCCAGAGAAGAAGAGAACCAGGAGAGAUGGAGUUCUGGUGGGCAUGUCCCUGUUGUCCCUCAGGUGUCAACAUCAUGUUCCCAUCAACCUUCAAGGUCCAGAGAAGAAGAGAACCAGGAGAGAUGGAGUUCUGGUGGGCAUGUCCCUGUUGUCCCUCAGGUGUCAACAUCAUGUUCCCAUCAACCUUCAAGGUCCAGAGAAGAAGAGAACCAGGAGAGAUGGAGUUCUGGUGGGCAUGUCCCUGUUGUCCCUCAGGUGUCAACAUCAUGUUCCCAUCCCAACCUCCAAGAUCCAGAGAAGAAGAGAACCAGGAGAGACAGAGUUCUGGUGGGCAUGUCCCUGUUGUCCCUCAGGUGUCAACAUCAUGUUCCUAUCAACCUUCAAGGUCCAGAGAAGAAGAGAACCAGGAGAGAUGGAGUUCUGGUGGGCAUGUCCCUGUUGUCCCUCAGGUGUCAACAUCAUGUUCCUAUCAACCUUCAAGGUCCAGAGAAGAAGAGAACCAGGAGAGACGGAGUUCUGGUGGACAUGUCCCUGUUGUCCCUCAGGUGUCAACAUCAUGUUCCUAUCAACCUUCAAGGUCCAGAGAAGAAGAGAACCAGGAGAGACAGAGUUCUGGUGGGCAUGUCCCUGUUGUCCCUCAGGUGUCAACAUCAUGUUCCUAUCAACCUUCAAGAUCCAAAGAAGAAGAGAACCAGGAGAGACAGAGUUCUGGUGGGCAUGUCCCUGUUGUCCCUCAGGUGUCAACAUCAUGGCAAAGACCUGCCUUUAGUGCACUGUAGAUCUCCACAGCCCAAUUCCAAACAGACGCUAGCCCCUAAACCCUAGCCCCUAAACCCUAGCCCCUACUACUUUGGCACUUCAUGUAGAUCUGAAAAGAUUAGAUAGGUAUAAUCAGUAAGGUAAUGGGUCCAUAUUGUCCUCUAUUAGAUAGGUAUAAUCAGUAAGGUAAUGGGUCCAUACUGUCCUCUAUUAGAUAGGUAUAAUCAGUAAGAUAAUGAGUCCAUACUGUCCUCUAUUAGAUAGGUAUAAUCAGUAUGGUAAUGGGUCCAUACUGUCCUCUAUUAGAUAGGUAUAAUCAGUAAGGUAAUGGGUCCAUACUGUCCUCUAUUAGAUAGGUAUAAUCAAUAAGGUAACGAGUCCAUAUUGUCCUCUAUUAGAUAGGUAUAAUCAGUAAGGUAAUGGGUCCAUAUUGUCCUCAGAAUUUCCACCUUAUUAGAUCUUCACAACUGCAUAGGGGGUAGGGGGCGAUUUGGGAUUUGACGUUAAUUCACAUUUUGGUUGCCCUCCACCUCAGGAGCCUGUAGAUGUUAGGGUGUGAAAGAAUCUGUCUGGGCGUUUCACUAUCAAUCUGAGCCAUGGAAUGUCUCGCUGUGCCUCUAGCAAAUGAGAAGAGCCAGAGCCAUCUACAGCCACACUGAUUGGCCACCUGCUGUGAUACACUUCCCCCUUAGAUCAGAUCCAGAGCUCCUGCUGGUUCCAGGCUGACACCCUCAGAUCCAGAGCUCCUGCUGGUUCCAGGCUGACACCCUCAGAUCCAGAGCUCCUGCUGGUUCCAGGCUGACACCCUCAGAUCCAGAGCUCCUGCUGGUUCCAGGCUGACACCCUCAGAUCCAGAGCUCCAGCUGAUUCCAGGCUGACAACUUCAGAUCCAGAGCUCCAGCUGGUUCCAGGCUGACAACUUCAGAUCCAGAGCUCCAGCUGGUUCCAGGCUGACACCCUCAGAUCCAGAGCUCCAGCUGGUUCCAGGCUGACACCCUCAGAUCCAGAGCUCCAGCUGGUUCCAGGCUGACACCCUCAGAUCCAGAGCUCCAGCUGGUUCCAGGCCGAAACCCACUGCUCAGUCCCAUGGCUUCAGUCACGACACUCCAGACCAGCCAAACUUAACCAAGCAGCUACAUUUGCAUUAUUUCAAAGUCAUUUCAACCUCCUUAGCUACCACUCAGCUUCUGCUUUGAUACCUGUCGGUAGAUUUCCCACCUUUAAAGUCACCUUAUCAUGAGGCAGACGUACUAUAGUGGUAUACUCUGUCAGUUAGCCAGUGUUGCAGCAACACUAGCCUAGGUUCCAGUCUGUUUAUGCCCUCUUACCAACUCCUUAUAGAAUUGUCAUGGCUUGGGAGUUGGAAAGAGCACAACCAGAUCUGUGAUCAGGCUAAUGACACACAGGGACAAAUCAAACUGCAAGUGAUGAUCUGUAAGGGUGUUGUCUCCUGUGCAAACCUUAUCCCAAGAUGCACAGCCAGGGGUGGGUAGAAAUUAUUACUCUGUCUGUGGCAUUUUGGUGGAGGAGCCAUUAAGGUAGUCCCAUUGAAGUCAUAGUGAGAUCGGCUACGACAUGUUCUGGCUGUGGUAGGAUCGAGCUCUGUCUUCAAGAUACUGUUUUUAUUUAUUCCAUUGAUUAUGAUUCUAAGGCAAGUUAACCACUGUGAGGACUCUUCAGGGUUACUGAUGAGGUAACGAAGCGAGCAAAACACAGACCACAAUGUAGGCGCGGCUUCAAACAGGAAGUGGGCAGAACCUCUGCCUUGUUGUGAAUGUAUACAUGACCACUGCUCAACACUCACCAUGUGCUAUCUAUCUUUUCUAUUUCUUCGGAGGGAGGCACCAUUUGACUGGAUAUGCCACAGCCUCACACUACAACCAUUCUUAUUGCACUCAUCCUUCUUGAAUGAACUCUGAGAUGCAUCUUAUUGAAUGGACGUGUUUUUCUAUUUCUGCAUUUAGUUUGACCACUGAUGUGAAGGGACAGCGAGUGACUGACAUCUACAGAACAAGCAUGCAGAGAUGACCAGAUAUAACUGAGCAGUCCAUUCACUUCACUGCCUAUUCUUUUUGUUCUGCAAUAGAGUACAGGGUUGGGCUCAGUUCCAUUUCAAUUCAGUCAAUUCUGGAAAUAAACUGAAAUUCCAAUUCCCCUCAUUGAAAAGCAUUGAGGAACAUUUUAAUUGAAGUUUGGAAUUUCAGUCUUACAUUGUCUGAAUUGUAAUGGUACUGAGACCAACCCUGAAUAGAAGUACUACAUCAGCACUGUAAUCUCUAAUUGUCAUUCUUCGUAAUGACAAUAUAAUCAUGAUAUUGUAUUCCUCUGGAAUUAUUGCUAGACAUAACUGUAAACCUUUGUAAGGAAUGAAGCUGACUUUUACACUGAAAUAAUAAAUGCAACAUAUGAUUAUCACA